AUGUCUAUCCGUGUCCUGAUCAAAGAUUACCCACACCGCGCGAUCGCCCUCGCGACCUCGACCCACGCCCUCGUCCUCCGACACAGCUCGUCCACCACCGAACAGUCGGGGAACCCCAAUGCCUCGUCCACGUCACUGGGGAGCAAUGGCGCCGGCGUCGCGCGCUGCAUGGUCGAGUUCACCCGGCUGGAGGAAAUCGAUCUAGAAGACUACCGCGCGCUGCAUUCGGUCAACGUACACGGCACACUGGGCUUGAUCACCGUCAACAGCGAUGUCUUCCUCGUCGUCGUCAAUGGCGCGAGCAAGGUGGCGACAGUACGGCCUGGCGAGACGGUGCAGAGGAUAUACUCGGUCGGCUUCUACUGUCUAACCAGCACAAGCUACGAUACCCUGCUCAACGACGAAGUCAACCCCUACCCCACGGAUACAAUCGAUGACGAAGGAUAUGAGAUGGGCUUCGGUGGCAGGAAGGAGCAAUCUCCCAUGGAACACCCGUGUCUGGCGCUCAAGAAGAUACUCAGCAGUGGAACCUUCUAUUACAGCUCAGACUUCGACCUCACCAGACGCUUACAAGACCGCACAACCGAUGCCGCAACCGUUUCUAUCGACAGUCUAGACGCUGGCUUUCUAUGGAACUCAUACAUGAUCCAGCCACUGGUAGACUUUAGAAGCCGCCUUGCGCCGAGAGAGAAGGACGCUUUGGAUGCUUCGGGGAUCCUGACAUCUGCCAUCCGCGGUUUCGCACUUACCAUUACGAUUCCCAAGUCUUCGGCCCCCAUCAGGGUACAGGAUUCAGGCAUGCCGUCGUCCAUGACGCUCAUCUCAAGAUUAUCCUGCAAGCGGGCGGGCACAAGGUUCAACUCGCGAGGCAUCGAUGAUGAUGGGAAUGUCGCAAACUUUGUGGAAAGCGAAACAAUAUACUGGGCGCCGUCGGGAGCUUGCUUCUCUUAUGUGCAGGUGCGAGGAAGUGUCCCCAUCUUCUGGGAACAGCAGGCUGGUCUCCUCCCAAACCAACAAAAGAUUACCAUCACCCGGUCGCCGGAAGCUACACAGCCCGCCUUUGACAGGCACUUUGAUAAUCUGGAACUCAGCUAUGGCACAACUCAUGUUGUAAACCUGCUGAGCAACGAAAAACAAAACGAGUUAGAGUUGACGCAUAGAUAUCGUGGGCACAUCAGGAAUAGCCCGUUGAAUCAAGGAAGCAACCUCAACGACCGGCAGCAUGAUCUCAUCAAGCUUACGGAAUAUGACUUUCAUGCCGAGACGCGAGGACCCGGUGGCUAUGAGAUGGCUAGCAUGAUUGCUCAGUGGAUCCAAGGUUCUGCCGAAGGAUUCGGGUACUAUCUCUCUGAAGAUGUGGAAGAGGUGGCCAGACACAAUGGGGAAGACUACGCUGUCCGUCGGACAAUGAGCAUACUACAGCAGGAGGGUGUUUUCCGAACCAACUGCUUGGAUUGUCUUGAUCGAACGAAUCUCGUGCAAACCAUCAUCAGCAAGAUGGCGCUGGAAAUCUUCUUGAGCCACAAAGGUCUUCGAGCCAGUCAGGACUUCUGGGUCAGACAUUCAAGUAUGUGGGCAGACAAUGGCGAUGCUCUUUCAAAGAUCUAUGCGGGAACUGGAGCGCUGAAGUCCUCAUUUACUCGAUCUGGAAAGAUGUCGCUUGCCGGUGCUCUGGCAGACGCUCGUAAGAGCGCCACCCGAAUGUACAUUAACAAUUUUGCGGAUAAAGGGCGACAGAACACCAUCGACAUGCUCCUUGGGAGACUGAUUGGCCAGGUUCCAGUGCAUCUAUAUGACCCGCUUAACGACUAUGUGGUCGCAGAGCUUGCGCGACGAUCUGCGGAGUAUUCAGAGACCGAGAUGAUCAAUAUCCUUGUCGGCACAUUCAACCUGAACGGAAAGACGAGUGGCAUCAAGAGCGAUCUUUCGCCCUGGCUAUGCCCAGAUGUCGAUCCUUCACAGCAGUGCCCAGAGAUAGUAGCUGUAGGCUUUCAAGAGAUUGUCGAAUUAAGCCCUCAACAAAUCAUGUCGACAGACCCAGACAGACGCGAGGCUUGGGAGGAAGCUGUCAGAACGUGUCUGAACAAGAAUGCCGAAAAGCACAGAAAAGACGAGUAUGUUAUUCUAAGAGGCGGCCAGUUGGUGGGCGCGAGUUUAUCGGUCUUUGUCCGGGCCGACUGCCUCACGCAUAUCAAGAACGUUGAAGGCGCUUUAAAGAAGACUGGCAUGUCGGGUAUGGCUGGCAACAAAGGAGCAGUAGCCAUCCGGUUUGAGUACGCCAAUACCUCAAUCUGCCUUGUCACGGCCCAUCUCGCAGCUGGUUUUGCCAACUACGAAGAGCGCAACCGCGACUAUAAGACUAUCAGCCAUGGUCUACGCUUUCAAAGGAACCGAUCAAUUGAAGACCAUGACACUGUGAUAUGGCUUGGCGACUUCAACUACCGAAUUGGCCUGAACAAUGAGAAGGUGCAACGGCUGUGUCACGUUGGUGACCUCGAGACUUUGUACGACAACGACCAGCUAAACCUCCAGAUGGUAGCUGGUUUGACCUUUCCGUACUACUCCGAGGCCCGCAUAACUUUCCCACCGACGUACAAGUACGAUCUCAACAGUAAUCAAUACGAUACGUCUGAGAAAGCACGCAUUCCUGCCUGGUGUGACCGUGUACUUCGCAAGGGUGACAAUAUCCGACAAAUCCACUACAACGAUGCACCACUUCGCUUCUCCGACCACCGGCCGGUCUAUGCAACGUUCCAAAUACUGGUGCAAAGGGUUGAUGAAAAGAGGAAAGAUGCCAUGAAGGCUACUUUGUACAAACAACGAAGAGAGGUGGUUGGCGAUACCCACGCGGCGGGCCGUCUGGGUGAUGAUGAAACUGACGACGAAGAUCUGCUUGGGUACGACAGCAUUGAGCCAGGAUUGCCGCCUGCAAGCUCAGAUCGGAGGAAGUGGUGGCUCGACAACGGUUUACCGGCGAAAGCACGCGUGGAACCGCCAUCUAACAACCACUUUCCAAACCCGAAUCGACCAAGCAAUCCGUUUACGCCUAGUCCAGAGCCAGACUGGAUAGAUGUUAGGCAUAUGCCGAGCAGUCGCAGACCCGAGCCACCACCAGCACGCGGUUCACAAAGAGCACGCACAGUCGACUUCAAUGGCCCCUCCACCAAUUUACCACCAACGCAGAAGCCCGCGGCUCGUAAGAUGAUUGCUCCGUUAUAUCCAGGACAUGCCACUCAAAUUCUUGGUUCAGACGGUGCACGAGACUCGCUCAGCGACCUCCGCCGUAGUGGCUCAAGCGCGUCCACACACUCCCUUCCCAGCAACCUACCUUACCGCGCAUCAAAUACGCUCCCCCAAACACAAUCCUCCAGUAAACCACAAGUCCUUCGCAAACCAGCCCCACCACCAAUCCCAAACAAGAAACCCUCUCUCCUCUCCAAGGGUUCCUCUCCAGGACCAACCUUCGCACUCCCUCCACAACGUUACCGCGAUGAUCCCCCGGAAGAAGAAUCGAGGGCAUAUCCUCCGCAGUCAGCCAGACGCUCAAUGGCUCCGCCUCCUAAUAUGACGAGGAAACCAGUGCAGAAUCUGAUUGAUGAUGACGGUGAUAAGCCGGCAUUGCCGCCGCGCACAGGAAGUGGUGGGAGUAGUAGGAGGAAUUUGAUGGAUGAUGAGCCGGACGAUAUGCGCAAUAUGGGGGAUUGGGAGGUGCUUAGACCUAGAAAACGCAGCGCCCAUAGCGGUACGGGCAUCCGUAAGAAAGCAAAGGGCGCCGGUGACCAAUCCACUAAGGCCACUACUGUCAAUGCUACUCAUCCAGUCCUACAACGCCUCUAUCCCGAAGUCCUUACUCUGCGCCAGUAUCUACUCUCUCGGCUCCCAAGCUCGUCAAAGAACAGGUACCGAAAGCUUUCGCAACUUGGACAUGCAAUACCCGCUGGAGACAAAAGCACCACGGAUGGCCUUGACAAUGCCGUUGUGCAGUUGCUCGACUCAGCAUUAGUAUGCACCUCAGGCGUCCAACCAGAAAAGGACAAAACGACGAGUUUCACCGAGGAGCGUGAAAAGGAUAUCGAAGCGUUCACCCAACAACGAUCGCAGAGCACUCCGGGCGGCACGUUCAAGCCGGGAUACUACAGGCAAUCCGAAGUAGGUCAUACGACGCAUCGCCUGCUCAUAGUGUUCCGCUCAAAGAACUCGACUAAAUAUACCCAGAUUGUUGACUUCGUGAUAUGGCGCUUGUUCAAACGUUCAACAUCUCACAAACCAGCACAUCUACUCUGCUAUGGCUUUCAAAGAUCUGCAGGCAGCAAUCGCCGUGCACACAGGAACAGCGAGGAUCCGAGUUCAUCUAUUCCUGGUCUGCAAGAACGUCUCCCUAAUAGCUACGCGAGGACUUUGAAAGAGCCAGUCUGGUGUCGAUUGCACGCAUUGCUCGGCCAGGGCGGAGACCGCAUUAUCAUGGACAUGCUUCUAGAGUGCUCCAUAUUCAUCUUGGUCAGUGCUGAUAUGGGCAACUACUACCAGCUCUCUGGGGUUCCUGUGCAUGAGGUGAAAUCGGAUGAACAUCAGAAGAGCAACAUCGCAAGAGUCAACGCGGAUAAGGAAGCGCCCAUCAAACCUUCACAACUCAAGAUUGAAAGCAAAAAGCCUGGUGCUAUUACAUUUGUGCGCAGUCGCAUGCUUUAUGCGAAAGCAGCGCUCAAUGCGAAAGGUGAUGUUCUCAAUCGGUUCACUGAUCGGAAAGACAAGCAAGAGACAGUACAUGUCAUGCGGUAUAUCUUCCCACGUCAGUUCGGGUUGCACAACGUCUUCACCUCCAAGGUGGAUCAUCGUGAGACAGCCAUGCCGUUCAAAGACUACACGCUGCGCGAGAAGGAUAUACAUACCGCCAUGUGCCGGGAACUGGGACCCAAAGCGACAGACGCCCAGGAAAUAGCUAAGUGGAAGCAGCGAAUACCCAAGAGACUCCGGGGUGACGCUGUUAAACUGGUGGACAAACUUCGGGUCCGCAACCAGCGGUGCUCGUAUAUGGAGAUGCUGCGCCACUACUGUCCAAUCGAGGUACUCUUCUCCAUGACAUGUAUAGGAAGUCUGCUGACUCAUAUAGGGGGUACCCGUGUCAACGAAACCAGAUUGGAGGAAAAGCGCACUCCAGCCGAAGGCAGAUUCAUAUCCAAGGUUAUACCAGAAAGAUUCUGGGGCAACGAGCAUAACCAUCGCACCCUCAUGUAUUGGGUGGACCAGUUCGUCGACAUGCGUAGAUUCGAAUCGCUCAAUCUACAUCAGGUUACACAGAACAUACAGAUCACGAACAUAGCCUGGUUACGCCCACCCAGCCAAGACGACGACACAAAGGUGUCCAAGUCGGACAUAGAUAAACGUACGGAGAUAUUUCUCGAAUUCGUCUACUGGCUCUUCGACUCUUUCCUCGUUCCUCUGGUCCGCACAAACUUCCACGUAACGGAGUCCAACGCGCAUCGGAACAGACUAUUCUAUUUCCGCCAUGAUAUUUGGCGGAUGUUAACAGAGCCCGCUUUGAAGGAACUACGGAUGAACAUGUUCGAGGAGAUGCCUACUGAAAGCACGGAAAGACUGCUGUCCGCACGCCAGCUCGGCUUCAGUAAUAUCCGUCUCCUUCCGAAGAAACAGGGCUUCCGGACUAUCAUGAACCUCAAGAGAAGACAGCAGGUGAUGCGAUAUGGGACUAUGACUCUCGGACGAAGUAUCAAUUCAGUGAUGACUCCAGCUUUCAACGCGAUUACCUACGAGAAGUCGUUGCGUCCCGAUAAAUUCGGCUGCUCACUUUUCUCCGUCGGGGAUAUGCUUCCCAAGCUUGCAUCUUUCAAAGCAUCGUUGCGACAGCGGGGACUCGGCGACAUUCGGCUUUAUUUUGCUAAGGUUGAUGUUCAGGCUUGCUUCGACACUAUACCACAGUCACGCUUGCUGCGUAUGAUCGACAGUCUCAUGUCGAUCCAGGCUUACAACACCGGCAAACAUGUGGAGAUUUUCCCCCUGGGUCCUCUACAGCGUCUCGGCGGUAAACAUGUGGACCCAAUGCCUCUCAAGAAGUACAUACCGCAUACUGAGGCAGCGACGAGUGUAACGCCUUUCCACCAACUUGUGCAAGAUAGAUUGGCGGGCACAAAGGCCAAUACCGUCUUUGUUAAUACCAACAUGCAGCGGCGCGAGACCAAGGACGACUUGAUGCAGCUCUUACAGGAGCAUAUCGAGAGGAAUGUCGUUAAAAUGGGGAAGCGCUUCUAUCGCCAGAAGACUGGUAUACCACAGGGCUCAGUUUUAUCGAGCAUCUUGUGCAACUUCUUCUACGCUCAACUGGAACGCGAUGUACUUGGAUUUGUGCUUGAUGAAGAUUCAUUGCUUCUUCGUCUGCUCGACGAUUUCCUCUUGAUCAGUAUCAACGAAGAGUAUGCUCAGCGCUUCGUACGCGUUAUGCACAAAGGCCACCCGGAAUACGGCGUGGUGAUCAAGCCUUCAAAGUCGAUGGCAAACUUCGAUGUCACGACAGAAGAAGGAGACCGGAUAGCGACAAGCGGCUCAGAUGGUAAAUUCCCGUAUUGCGGCGUCUGUAUCGAUACGACGACGCUGGAAGUCAGCAAGAAAACGGAACGCCUUACAAAGGCCGGUGUUGAGGACUCUUUGACUGUAGAUCUGACCAAAAUGCCUGGCCAAACGUUCCAUCGCAAAGCUCUGAAGUAA